GAGUCGACGACACUGCUCAGGCUUGUUACCGGGGGCUGCCAGCGGACCGUACAAACACUACCCGUUCCCCCGAUCUAGCCUGACACUGGUAGCGGUAGCGACACCAUGUCCAGCCGAGGAGGGAAGAAGAAGACAACCAAGACCUCCAGGUCCACCAAGGCUGGGGUAAUCUUCCCUGUGGGUCGCAUGCUGCGUUACAUCAAGAGGGGCCUACCCAAGUACCGCAUCGGGGUGGGAGCACCUGUCUACAUGGCUGCUGUCCUCGAGUACCUCACUGCUGAAAUUUUGGAGUUGGCAGGAAAUGCAGCCAGGGACAACAAAAAAGGUCGCGUCACACCACGUCACAUUCUGCUGGCCAUCGCUAACGAUGAGGAACUGAAUCAGUUGCUGAAGGGUGUGACUAUUGCAGCAGGUGGAGUCUUGCCCAACAUCCACCCAGAGCUGCUAGCCAAGAAGAGAGGGGCAAAGGGAAAAUUGGAGACGCCCAUCACACCCGCCCCUGAGAAAAAGCCCAAAACUGCCAAGAAACCAGUGACUAAGAAACUCAGCGGGAAGAAGGGAGGAGGGAAGGCUAAGAAACAGAGUGAGGUAAGCAAAGCCGCAUCAGCAGACAGCACCACAGAGGGAAGUCCAGGUGAUAGCUUCACUGUACUUUCCACCAAGAGCCUGUUCCUGGGCCAGAAGUUGCAAGUUGUCCAAGCCGAUAUUUCCAUCGUUGAGAGCGACGCUGUCAUUCACCCGACCAACUCUUCACUCUAUACAGGUGGUGAAGUAGGAAGCGCUCUUGAAAAGAAGGGCGGGAAGGAAUUCACUGAGGCUAUCCAGGAGCUCAAGAAGAAAAAUGGUCCUCUAGAGGUGGCUGGUGCGGUCCUGACAGCCGGCUACGGUCUGCCCGCCAAGUAUGUCAUCCACUGCAACAGUCCAGGCUGGGGCUCCGACAAGUGUGAGGAGAUGCUGGACAAGACGGUGAAGAACUGUUUGGCCCUGGCAGAUGAGAAGAAGCUCAAGUCUGUUGCCUUUCCCUCCAUUGGUAGCGGGAGGAAUGGCUUCCCUAAGCAGACAGCUGCCCAGCUGAUUCUCAAGGCUAUCUCCACUUACUUCGUGGCCACCAUGUCUUCUACCAUCAAGACCGUCUACUUUGUGCUGUUCGACAGCGAGAGCAUCGGCAUCUACGUGCAGGAAAUGGCCAAACUGGAAACCAGCUAAAAGAAAAGAGGAAAUUGAUCUCCUCCAUUCCCUCGAACCAACCUCACUUUCCACCUCAAUCCCCACACACACGCGCGCACGCAUGCACGCACACACACACACACACACACACACACACACACACACACACACACACACACACACACACACACACACACACACACACACACACACACACAGCUACACACACACACACACACACACACACACACACACACACUUGACACGACACAAGCCCACACGCAGACAUACACACGCAUCUCACUUUCUCUCUCUCAAACCCCCUGCCAUUUUAGAGGCUUGUUUGGGGAUUUUGUUUUUCUUGGUUUAAUUUUACUUUGUUUGAUUUCCACAAGAAAAUUGCAAAAAAAAAAAAAAAAAAAAAUCUUAAUCGAGGCCAGGAAUUUGUGUUGCAUUAUCUUUGUAUUUUUCUGAUAUUUGCUUAUAUUUUGCUUUUCCUUGUCAACUCUGGUGUGAAUACAAAAAAAAAAAAAAAAAAAAAAGCACUGUUCCUUCUUGCAGUCCUUUGAUACAAAAAGUCACAUUGAAGCAAUUGAGUGAGAUGUGGAGCUUUUAAAAAAAAAUAAAAUCUAACUUUUAUGAUCCGACCGAUGCUACGAGAUAGCUAGUCCUCAGUUACAAGGCUUCUGGAGCAAGUCAUAUUAAUACGGGUCAAUGCAUGUCAUAAAUAAUAAACAGAGCUGUCCUCGUUGUUUUUGAACUCAAAAACACCAGACCAUUCUGGGGUGUUUUUUUGUUUUUUGUUUUUUUUUUCCUGUGCAGUUGUUGGUAUAAAUUCUGCUCUUUGUAACAUUUGUUGAUAGUAAUGUUUAAUGAAAAGUUAAAGAAAGUUUAAAAAGUGAAGAGUUUGGUGUGUGGGAGAUUAAUAUAAAUCAACAACAGAAGGGUUUUUGUUUGUGUUUUGUGUUGCAAAUUCCUGAUGGUUUCUGCCUUUUGUUUACACAAGCAGAAAUUUUUCUUUUCAUUGUGUGCUGCAGAGACCUUGAAUAUCCAAAAGAAAAUUAUUAUUUUAUACAACUCGACAAUUUACACAUGACCAAAAAAAAAAAAAAAAAAAAAAACAAAACAAAGCUAUAGCCAUGCGCUUACGUCACAGUCACAUGGUCCUACAAUCAUAAAAAAAAACCCAUCUACAUCUUGUUGCAAAGUUAUGGAAAAUAAAUAUGCGAAGUUUCAAAAUAACCUAUUUGGAAAUUUAAAAAGGUUUUUGCAGGACAGCGAUCGUCUAUACUGUGUGUCCCUGUCUGUGUAUGUAUGGAGUAUUUGUGAAAUAAUGUAGUUAACUAUUGGACUGUAACAUAGACUUCUAUUUUCUGUUUUAAUUAUCUCACUGAUCCUCGAGGCACAAGCAAUUCUAAAUAUUUAAAUUUGGAUUUUUUUUCUCUCGUGAGGUUGUUUUCGUUGUCCUUGUUAAGAUAUAAAAUUGUGAUUAAUUCUGAUUUAGGGAGCGGUGCCGUGACGUUGCCCUAGUGUCUUUCACUCAGCCGCCACUAGAUGGCGACCUGUAACCAACCAUUGGGAGUUUUCCUGAGACCCAUUUUCUGUGCAGGUGAGGUCUCCACCGACGUUUGAUUUGAGUCGAAUUUGAAUUGGGAUCACAAUGGACACACGCACGGAGAGAGAGAGCCGACUGCUCUGUUGCAUUUGGACUUUUCAA